UUAAAUCAAUAGCUAAGAGCCUUUUUCGCUACACAUAACCAAUAUUAAUCAUAACAUAGUAUAUAGUUCAUUAUACCAUAUCUUGUAUCUCUCUCUCUAUUCAUAUCAUCUUAUCUAUCUCUCAAGUUCUUGAUUUUAAUUAAAGAUGGGUAAAGACGAGCACCACGAACAAGACAAAGGAUUCUUCUCACAUCAUAAUCAUCACGGCCAUGGGUAUCCGCCAGGAGCUUAUCCUCCUCCACCGGGAGCUUAUCCUCCGCCAGGAGGUUACCCUCCGCAAGGUUAUCCUCCGCCACCUCACGGCUACCCACCCGCCGCUUAUCCACCUCCUCCCGGUGCUUAUCCUCCCGCCGGGUAUCCUGGACCCUCUGGUCCUCGUCCAGGGCUUGGAGGAGGAGUUGGGGGUUUGAUAGCAGGGGCGGCAACAGCGGCAGCGGCUGCAAUGGGAGGUCACCAUGCGGGUCAUCACGGAGGCUACGGGCACCACGGCCACGGAAAAUACAAAAGAGGAUUUUUCGGAGGAGGAAAGUACAAGCGAGGAAAGCAUAGUAUGUUUGGAGGAGGAAAGUAUAAGCGUGGCAAGCACGGCAUGUUCGGAGGCAAACGAGGCAAGCAUGGCAUGUUCGGAGGGAAACGAGGCAAGGGCAUGUUCGGACGAAGGAAGUGGAAAUGAUCCAUUAGCAUUCCUCUCUACAUAUAUUAUCGUAACAACUUAUAUAUUAAGACUAAUAUAAAAAUGUGUGUGUAUUAUUUGUUUUACAUCUAUCUCUAGCUAUAUAUUAUGAAAGAGUGUAUUUAAAUUUGGUUGAAUAUUUUUCAUAUGAAUUAACGUCGAAGGAAAUGUUUUCUAUUUUUGGAAUGAUUUUUUUGUAAUA